UAAAAAGUCCCGUGGUUUUCUCCCUUUCUGGGUUUCCACGUAAAAAUAGCUCGUUUAUACACUUUUAUAUUGAUUAUUCACUUUUAUACGGAAUUGAUGAUCCUUAAUAUCCGAAGUUAUGUUGGGCUUUCGGAUCUACGGGACUAAAAACCAACAUUGGCGUCGUCUGUGGGAAACGCUUCAAAAAGCAUAACAUGUUGUUCUUGAUUCUACAAAAUUAUUUGAUAAAGGCUACUGAUUCCACGAAGAAAAGAGAGAGAAAAUUGUUUCUGGAAAAACACAACAAGAGAAGAACAGUAGAAGGCCAGGACUCCAGCAGCUUGCUCAUCAUUCAGGUGGCUGCCCCCAUGUCCUGAAGUAAACGCCAGGGCCGAAGCAGGAGGCUCAAGGAGAAUUACAAUCCAGAGCUGCUGAUAAUUGAAGAAUAUAGUGAAUGUGAGCCCUCCUCCCUAUGGGACCCACGUGCCCACAGCUUCCCUACUCCCAUAAAAGAGGCCUGACAGCAAUGAGAUGACAAAUUCUUACACCAACACAAGUGGGUGAUUUGACAGAAUCUUAUCCAAAACGCUAGUGCUGUUUCCUGAACGGGAACUCUCGAACGCCAGAACGAAUGACUUCAUCGACUUAACACAGCCGGGGCCCGAACGGGAACAGGAGUUUUUUGUUAUUGCUGCCGAGCAUGCUCUGUACCCAGGUACAUCCGGAAUCAGCGACAGGGCCCGUAGAGAGAUCUGGUCACAUCCCGGAGAUGGCAGAUCAAAAGAGUCGGAACAGGAAACCACAUCCUCCUGAACUCACCAAACGAUUUACAAAUCCAACAAGAAACUUCAAAAAUGCAAAGACCAACGAAAUUCCCGAAGCAGUCUAUAGCUAUUCAUCUUUGACGUCCAAACUGCUCGAUCCAGGGCUGGCGAACCAGCAUCUGACCCCUGAUUCAAGAUUAAGACAGAAACAUUGUUUACUGAACGAGAAAUUCUCCCAACAGGUAGAAAAAAUGGAUAAUCAAGUGGGGUCCAACACACUAACCCGCGGACCUCCGUGUCAACCUGCCGAACGGGAACUCCUUGAACACAGGGAUCUGGGCUUCAUGAUGGAGGCUACAUACCGGGCAAUUCAACCAAGGGAUCCGGACUUUAAACAGAAAAUCCCAUUUCCAGGAUUAGGUAACGAACGGGACCAUGACGGCUGCUGACCCGGAUUGCGUAGGGCCCACUUCCUUCGAACGCCCAAGCUAACGAUGACAUUCGGAAGGAGUCCCAAGGGGCCACCAGUUCACCAUUGGAGGAUCCUGAGCCAAGAGGCUACCAGCUCACAUCAGCGGGCCAUGGAGGAAGCAGAUACUGCCGAAGCGCCAAUCUCCUUUUAGAGAGUAGAUCUCAGCCGAUCAGGCGACUGGGCACAUCCACCGAACAACAUCCUCCCCUAUGAUUGAGAUAGAUUCUCCCGCUCGGGACAUUCUGCCGUUCUCGCAAAACUUUGCCCACAAAAUUAUUCCUGUCCAGAUCAGAGGGGGAAGAUACAAAUAAGACUACGAAUUAUCUCUCGAACGGCAAUACCUUCUGAACAGAUGAAAGUGGACAGCCAAGAGUAGACCACCUGCUCGUUACACCAGUCAAACGCUGCUCGGUCCCACAAGGUGCCUAUGAAAGGCUUGCCAACCAUCGACAGAACAUCGACCGACAUCUCAUGGCCCUGUCCGGUUUGAAGUAAACACAUAAUUGCUCGGGCUACCUGUCCGACCAAACAUCCGCAGGGGAAAUUCCUGCUCCAUUCCUGCUCCAAGGUCUGGCUACCAGAACGAGUGCCGCUCGGUCGCUUAAAAUUUUCCGAGCAGACGGCCAUUGGGCUUGAAUAGCCAGAUUCUCGUUCGGCACUACACCAUCCGGCAUCUUCACAUCUUGCACAUCGGCGUUCGGCAGAUUCCCUCUAUUAAAGCUCAACAGAGACUACCAGGGGGAUGUGCUCGUAAUUCAAGGAGUGGAUGCAACCAAUCGUUGCCAAUCUCGAUCCCAGAACCUCCACCAACCGGUGCUCAUCCAUAUGCCAUCUAUCUGCUCGGCAUUCGCAUAAACCGGGUUCGUCGAGCUUCAACACAAAAUCAGCUCAAGAAGUUGAAACGACCGACCAUACAGUUACCCCGGUCGGCAUCUCCACAGCCCGGAGAUGAGUCUGGACAUCAUCAUUUGGGGAAGAUGAGUUCGUAGUUCGCGAAGUCUAGAAAGUCUCGAACGGCUCCUUGAAAGCCUCGCCCAGACUGAUAACUUGAUUUUAAAUAUGGAGCAGGCCGGGUCAUGCUUGCUCUGGCUAAAUCAUUUGGUGGGCCGAGUAUCGGUCCAGACGAGUUUCCUUGGGCUUGGUGGAUCUUAUCUAUGAGGAAGGCUACAUUAUUUGUUAAGGGGGUGGAUCAAAUUCUCAUCAGGCCAAUAUUUUGGUCCGGCAGCUGACGUGCACUUGUCGUGAGUUGCACUCAAAAUAAAUACAAUACAACGAAUAUACGUAGUAUAACGAAGUAAGGUUCGUAUCCACAGGGAAAGGAAUAUUUUUCUUUUAUAUAAGUAGUAACAAAGGGGUUUAGAUUUGUUUGAUUUAAAAACACUAAGAUGAACAACCUAUAUGAGUUUAAUUUAAUGAGAUGAGGACUUGGUUUUGCUUUUAUCCACUUAAUGAAAUGUUCGUCGAUCCCGGUUAUAUAUUUAA